CACGGCGCCACUGACUCCAGUCAUCAAACGCUAGAUGACGUCACGCCAUCCCUGCGCCCUGCCAGUAGCCCGGACCAAGAAAACAUCGUCCCCAGCUACAGCAGACUCGAAGUGGCAGACCACUGCUGCAGCGAGUCCUGCUGGAUCAUCGUCAACAACAAGGUUUAUGACGUCACGCGAUUUCUUAGAAUUCACCCUGGUGGUGAUGAUAUAAUUUUAGAAUAUGCCGGGCAUGACGCCACCACCUCCUUCAUAGAUAAAGGUCACAGCCUUGACGCUUACAGCAUGUUGUCUGAGUACUACGUUGGGGAAGUCACUAAGUCUGAUCAGAUCCUAGAGAAAAAAAACUGCACAUGAACACAUAACAACAUACCCACACAUCAACACUGUAAAAAAAAACCUGCCUGGUUUUUUGAAGGAAAACAGUUGUUGUUUUACUGGACCAGUUCAAUAAAGUCUACAGCCUGCGGAAUACAACUGACUUCUGGAUCAUGAUGAAAGACAAUUGAGAUUUCUA